AUGAAGCUCUCUAUUUUCGUCCCUCUGGCUGCUUUCCUCGCUUUUACGGUGGCCGAGUUGAAUGAAGUUGACCCAAGCCCAUGUCUGAACCGAUGCUUGACUGAGGCUGCUGCUGUGGCUGGGUGCAUCUCACAAUAUGACACAAAAUGUACUUGCCCAAGUGCAGCAUUCAAGGAUACACUCGGUGACUGUAUUAACACUUCAUGUACACCGGCUGAUUUGCAAGAUGCUCUCACUUUACAUACGCAACGGUGUGAUACUCCACAGACUGACUCCUUUGGAGUCAAGGCCAAGGCUACUUGA